GAAAUCCAUUUGGUUCCGAUUGAAAUCAUGUAAAUAAAAAGGCUGCAGUGUGUGCCAGAAAGAGAAAGAGGUCAAAUAGUUUACCUUUCUUCUUUCCCUCCAUUCCUUUAACACCUCACCGCCAUCACCAUGGACGCUGCUGCUCCCUACAAUCCUCGUACCGUCGAAGAGGUCUUCCGGGAUUUCAAGGGUCGCAGAGCUGCCUUGAUUAAAGCCCUCACCUCCGAUGUUGAAGAAUUCUAUCAGCAGUGCGAUCCCGAGAAGGAAAAUCUUUGCCUUUAUGGAUUUCCUAAUGAGCUGUGGGAAGUCAAUCUGCCUGCUGAGGAGGUGCCCCCAGAGCUACCGGAGCCAGCAUUGGGCAUUAACUUUGCCAGAGAUGGGAUGCAAGAAAAGGACUGGCUAUCUUUGGUUGCUGUACACAGUGAUGCUUGGUUACUUGCUGUGGCUUUUUAUUUUGGUGCUAGGUUUGGAUUUGAUAAGGCUGAUAGGAAGCGACUAUUUAAUAUGAUAAAUGAUCUUCCGACUAUAUUUGAGGUUGUUACAGGGAUGGCCAAGAAACAAGGAAAGGAAAAGUCAUCAGUUUCAAAUCAUAGCAGUAACAAAUCAAAAUCAAACUCCAAGCGAAGUUCUGAAUCCAAGUAUUCAAAAGCAAUGCAAUCAAAGGAUGAGGAUGAUGAAGGUGUGGGUUUGGGUUUGGGUUUGGAAGAGGAAGAUGAAGAGGAACAUGGAGAGACUCUGUGUGGGGCAUGUGGAGAGAGCUAUGCUGCUGAUGAGUUCUGGAUUUGCUGUGACAUCUGUGAGAAAUGGUUCCAUGGAAAGUGUGUGAAGAUUACCCCUGCACGUGCUGAACAUAUCAAGCAGUACAAAUGUCCAACUUGCAGCAACAAGAGAGCUCGACCUUAACAAUGGCUUUGAUGCUGAUUGGUGACUAUAAUCUUGGCAAUUUUAUGAUUACUAAUUUGUUUAGUAGGUCAAGUUUAUUAGUCUUGCUGACAAUUUCAGGUAUAUUGCUUCAGAUGGUACAUUAGUAGGUACAUGAGCUGCUGGCAAAUUAUCUACAAUUAGGAUAUUUAUUUCAUAACUGGACUUGAAUGUUGUUCUGUUAUGUGCUUCCUUAAAUUUAAUGUAGCUGCUGUAACUGUGUUGUAUCUAAUAGCUUAGUGGAGUUUAUGUUUUCUGCCGUCAUGUAAUUCUUUUCUAGUUUUAUUUGGAUAGUAAUUCUUUUUUGAUUCAAAUUAUAAAGAUGGGGGAAGCCUUAGAAGGGAAGAA